GGGUCGAGAUUUUGACCCCCUCCCUGUCUGUGGUUUCUCUCUUCCCUGAGAAAGCGAUUGGAAAUGUUUCAGUCAUUGAGGGAGAGAGACUGAUAGAGAGAAAGAAAGACAGACAGACAGAGAGACGAGAAGGGAAAGCAGGAAGGUCUCAGAGGUUGAAGGCUGGUAUCAGUUAGACAGAGAAGUUUGCAAGUUCUCAUAAACUUAAGCCGGGACUGAGCAAUACUGAGAUCUUGAGUUUAAUCCACCCAGACUGGAGACUGGCCAAGGACAGGAUGCGGUUCCUGUUUUGUCUACUGUUCAUCUCGCAGGUGAUGGCAGGUGACUCUUGUCACAGCGGACAAUUUACAUUGGAGGGCGACUGCUGUGACCUCUGUCCUGCAGGUCAUGGUGUCAUUAAAGAGUGUAACACCACCAAUACCCAAUGUCAGCCUUGUGAGGAUGGUGUGACUUUCUCACCCAGUGCCAGCUUCUCUCAUUGCCAGCCCUGCUCAAGCUGUCCUGACAAGAUGGAGAUCCUGUCCCUUUGCAACGCCACGUUUGACACCCAGUGUCAGUGCAUGGAAGGGUACUACCUGCAGGCUGGUAGCAGGAGCUGUGUGCCAUGUUCCAUCUGUCCACGGGGCAAUCAGAUUCUGAAGCAGUGCAGCAGGGACAGAGAUGUCAUGUGCGAGCUUUGCCCUGAAGGCACCUUCUCUGAGAAAGCAAGCAACUCUGAACCAUGUGCGCCCUGUCGGACCUGUGAUCAGGAUCAGUUUGUUCUGCAAGAGUGCCAAGUGACCUCUGAUACGGUCUGCCUGAGCAAAAACUCGUCACUGCUGAGGAGGCCAGAAGUGGAGCCAGUGAGAGAUGACGCCAAGUUUGUAAAUCCUGUGGAACCUGCAUCUGGUACAGUCAACUUCACUGCUUACGAUACAGGAAAGAACAUCAUUCCAGUUUACUUCUCCAUUCUUGCAGCAGUCAUCAUGGGACUUGUGAUCUACGUCACUGUGAAAUGCUGGAACACGUGUAAGCAGAAGAAGCAGCUGGCGAAGGCUCGAGCUGGUGAACUUGACGCGGGACCUGAAGGCGAGAAGCUGCAUGGUGACAGCGGCGUGUUUGUUGACACCCACAGCCUCCAUGAGCCACAACUCAGUAAGGUUGUUCAUGUUGACCCAUCCAUGUACAGCAAGCUCCCACUGCAGAAACGCCAAGAGGUUGAACAGCUGCUCGAUAGUCAGGAUGGCACCCGACCUGACUGGCGCAGUCUGGCACGCCACCUGGGCUAUGAUGAGGAGCGGGUGGCCACCAUUAGCCGUGGAGAGGACCCGGCUCACACGUUGCUGUCUGAUUGGUCGAUGAGGGAUGGCGGCAGCUUGGAUGUACUCUGCAAGGCAUUGGGGAGGAUGGAGAGGGAGGACAUCGCAGAGUGUCUAAAAUCGGAGUCAGCUGUGACCUCACUGUUGUGAUGUAAGGAGCAGCGCCCACUCUCAGCACCCACCCUCACCCUCUUCAGGUGUUGAAGAUUUUUCUCUCGGCAGAAGGGGGUCACCCCAGACUCAAAAUGUGCUGAGUCUCUUCAACUUUUUCAAUGAGAAAACGUCUUGACUGUAGCUAGGACAGAAUGGUGAGACAAUCGGUUUGGCUGUAUGGGAAUUGGAAUGGAAUUUGUGAAACUCAGUGGAUGAAGUCUUGCCAUUGGCCCACAUCUUAGAAUGUUUUGAGAUGUGAGUUUUUUUUUUGUUUCAUUUUUAGGUAUCCUAUGCAUGAGCUGCGUGGGCAGAACAGUCUGCUCCAUUUUACUGGUUUCUGUUUGCUCAAUUUCUUCUCUUUGUAAGGUGCUGACAGUCUCCUCUGAGUGGGGUAAGCCAGGGUAUUGGUAAUGUUACUGUACUCUGAAUCCAAGAGCUCUUGCCAAAUAUCUACAGGCAUCAGAUCAAAUGUCAACAUAUCAGCUUGGGAGUUUAAAUUCAAUGAAUUGACCUGGAAUGAAAAUGGUGACUGUGAAACCAGCAGAUUGUUGUAGGAUCCUGUCUGGUUCACUGUACCUGCUUGGGGAAGGAACCUUGACAUCUUUGCUCGCCUGGUCUGUGUGUUUUCAGACCUACACCAAUGUGCAUGAUUCUUCACUGGCCUCUGCAGUGGUCAGUGAGCCACUGAUAUAUUCAAGAAGAUAAUUCACUACCAAUUUGUCAAGGUUAAUUAAUUGGGAAUGGGUAUUAAAUGCUGACAAAGCUCUGAUCCUGUGAAUUAACAAAUUUUAAAAUAAAACAGAUCCCUUUUAGUGCCUUCACUCCACUACCUCACUUCAGUGACUUCUUUGUCUGGGAUAGCAUAUGUCAGUGAACUCUUCAGCUUGAAAUAGCAUCACACUUAAGCCAGUUUUCUGAGAUGACCAAAGACUGUUGUGGGCACUUCUCACUAAGGGAUGGGUGUGUGCCUCUGGACAGUAAGGAAAAGCUUCAUCCUUUGUCCACAACAAGAGAAAGGAAUUUGUGGUUCUUAGCACCAAACUGGAUUCAGAUAGUUAAUGUCAUUUCUGGACCUCUGGCUUGGAUGUCCAGUCAGUCUACAGUCUUGAUCACACUCCUUGUGUACAUGGGCGGUUUUAGUUGAUUUUGUUGACUCCUAAACCAGGUUUGUAUGGUUUAGGCGCUGUUCACUUAAAAUAACUGCCUGUUGAUUUGAUUCCCUGCAAAACAUCUACAGAUAAAAUGGCCAACUGAACAAUAAGUCUGACUGCAAAAAUAACUGAACCUUUGUGUUUAUUUUACAAAUGAGCUUUUUUUUUGGAAUUGCAGCUCCACUUAAAAUGACCGUGUCCUUGCUGGAUGUGACACUGUAGCACCAGUCAAUGCUGCAUUCCAGCUUUGAAGCUGGAGAAGUGCUAAUUUUGUUAUCAAAACUACCUAUGUUUUAAAGAAAUGGGGGACAGAUAUUAGCAAAUGUUCAGUCUCUUGCUGUCCUCCAUUGCAGUUUGCAGUUUUAUAGUGGCCCAUGGGCUUUCUCCAGGUCUUCUGUACAUGGUUCAAGAUGUAAGUCACUGAGAGACAUUAGCGUGAAUGAGGCCAGGCAACAGGCCAGAAAUCCUAUCUCUGCCGUUGCCAUGACACCCCACAACCAGACUGGCUUUGACUUGCACAGCAUCCAUUAUCGUAGGUCUGAGCAACAACAAUAUCGUCAUUUAAUAAACAGUGUUCAAGAUGCUGUUGCAUUGUACAAACGUGAUCAGAUUUUCAUCACUGUGGAGCUGAAAUUGAAGAGGAUGAAGUGACUGACCAUGAAGCCCAGGACUGAGGCUGAAACUCUCCAGCUUGGAAUCAACAGCUUUUCAUGAGACACCAGCCUUUCCUAUAUGUUGACUUGUUUUGGAAUGGCACAUGAAAGCGAGUAGGUUAGUAGGUGAUCUGCAGAGUAAUUUCACCCGUCCGUACAUGGUCUGAAGUCACACAUGUUUGAGAACUAUACAUUAAUAGAAUGUUGAAUGUGACCCUUUGAGUUGUAAUAUCUUGCAAAGAUUUAGAUAGGCUCCCACACAAUAUAUGGUUAUUUGGAUGGAUAGGGGAUUGGUGGCUUUGGGGAACUAUAUUCGAAGGCCAAAAGAAUGCAAGCAAAAACUGACUUUUAAGUCAGUAAUUCUGAAAAUGUAACUAUUGGGGACAUGGGUAUGUUUUACUUUGGGAGUGGCAGGCUGUUGUAAAGUAUUCGACUCUGCAGUUGGUGCAUGAUUCUUUAGUCUUACGUGACAUGAGUUUGCAGGUCUCUCAAUCUAGGCCCUGGUGAGAAAACAGCACAACUGUCCACAGACAGAACUAAUACAACUGUGGGGUGACCUACUUAAAAGUGUGAAAUGGGAAACAGAACAAAUAGUUUCCAAUUCCCAAAGAUAAUUGAGCACAAUGCAACAAGAAGUAGAACUUGUGAUAAGAACCAAAAUAACUGCGGAUGCUGUAAAUCAGGAACAAAAACAGAAGUUGCUGGAAAAGCUCAGCAAGUCUGGCAACAUCUGUGAAGAAAAAA